AUUAAAAAGGAAAAAGAAAAAAAAAAAAAAAAUCAACAGAAAUCAAAAAUAAAAAAAGAAGUUUAAAUAUUUAUUUAUUUUAUAUAUAUAAAGGAAAGAAUGGAAAUUGAUUUAGAUUCAAUUAUAUCUAGACUUUUAGAACCAAGAACUACUAAACCAGGUAAAUUUGUCGACCUUGCAGAGGAAGAAAUUAGAUAUUUAACAGUUCAAGCAACAGAAAUUUUUAUAAAUCAACCAAUUUUAUUAGAAUUAGAAGCACCAAUUAAAAUUUGUGGAGAUAUUCAUGGUCAAUACUAUGAUUUACUUCGUCUCUUUGAAUAUGGUGGAUUCCCACCACAAUCCAACUACCUCUUUUUAGGUGAUUAUGUCGAUCGUGGUAAACAAAGUUUAGAGACUAUUUGUCUUUUAUUAGCCUACAAAAUCAAAUAUCCAGAAAACUUUUUCAUUCUUAGAGGUAAUCACGAAUGUGCUUCAAUCAAUCGUAUUUAUGGUUUUUAUGACGAAUGUAAAAGAAGAUACAACUCCAAGCUUUGGAAAGCUUUUACAGAUUGUUUUAAUUGUCUUCCAGUUGCAGCUAUUAUCGACGAAAAAAUCUUUUGUAUGCAUGGUGGUCUUUCACCAGAUCUCAAAAACAUGGAUCAAAUCCGUAGAAUUGCCAGACCAACAGUUGUACCAGAUUACGGUCUUUUAUGUGACCUCUUAUGGGCCGAUCCAGACAGAAAUAUUACAGGUUGGGAAGAAAAUGAUCGUGGUGUAUCUUAUACUUUCGGUGCCGAUAUUGUCGAACAGUUCCUCAAGAAACACGAUCUAGAUUUGGUUUGCAGAGCCCAUCAAGUUGUUGAAGAUGGUUAUGAAUUCUUUGCCAAGCGUCAAUUGGUCACACUUUUCUCUGCUCCAAAUUACUUUGGAGAGUUUGAUAAUGCUGGUGCUAUGAUGGGUGUCGAUGAAACUUUAAUGUGCUCAUUCCAAAUUUUAAAACCUGCCGAUAAAAAAAAAAUAACAAAUGAUAGUAAUGGUAGACCAUUGACUCCACUAAAAAACAAACAACAAAAACAAAAAAAAUAAAAUAAUAACAAAAUAAUACAAAUAAUACAUAAAUAAUAAUCAAACCAAUCCAUCGUCAUCAUCAAUCAUAUCACCAUCACAACCAUCAUCAUCAUCCCACCAUCUCUUUUUUAAAAUUAAAAAAUAAAAAAAAAAAAAAAAAUGAAUAAUAAUAAUC